UUGACUUGUCAUAUGGUAAGAGAUCGGAACAAAGUUCAUCUUAUCCGUGUCUUCCUGUAUCGAACUGCGUGGCUAGUAAUGCAGUUGAUAGAGACAACAAGACUUGUAUGAAAUCUGAAAGCAUAGGUUCUUCGUCAACAUAUAAGACAGUGUGGUGGUAUGUGGAUCUGGGAGAUGUGUAUAGUGUGUACAGCAUUAGGAUACUGUUCAAAAAUUACGGGGAAGAACAUGAAAACAGGCAAAAGGGGCGUUUUGCGGGGUUUUCUCUUUAUCUUUCUACUACUGCCAACACAGAAGAUGGUCACUUGUGUUAUAAAGACGGGCCACAGUUACCUCCCCUUGACUUCACAACAAUCUGUAAUGGACAUGGCUCUUAUAUUAUAUUUUACAACGAACGAUAUGAUAAAACUGUUUACCCUGCAGGGUAUAAGAAGUUGAUUGUAACAGAAUUAUGUGAAGUGGUGGUAAAAGGUUGUAAUAGGGGAACAUAUGGUAUAUUGUGCAACAAGAAUUGUUCUAAACAUUGUGAAGACAAUAAAUGUGAUAUAAUAAAUGGAACAUGUCUGGGAUGUAUGCCUGGAUGGACUGGGCAGUUCUGUCAAACACCGUGUGAUAGUGGAUCAUAUGGUAAGAACUGCAAACUUCGGUGUUCAGGACAUUGUUUUGAUGAUCAAGCUUGUAAUCACGUGACUGGAAUCUGUGAUGAGGGUUGUGCUCCAGGAUGGACAAGACAAAAUUGUAAUGAAUCAUGCAUUUAUGGACGCUAUGGCCCAAGCUGUGCUUCCAAUUGCAGCGGACAUUGUUUAAAUGGAAACACAUGUAACAAGGAAACAGGGCAUUGUGAUUCUGGAUGUACACCUGGAUACAUCGGAAAUUUUUGUAAAAAAGUGUGUCCCGGUGGCCGGUUUGGUGAAGGGUGUAAACAGCGUUGUAGUGGACACUGUACCAAUGACGAACAUUGUUACCAUGUAGAUGGACAUUGUCCUAAUGGCUGUCAAAAUGGCUACCUUGGGAAUAUAUGCAACAACUAUUGUGCGGCAGGUUUCUACGGUGCAAACUGUUCUAAACUUUGCUCUCAGAAUUGUAAAGGAAAAUGUAAUCAUACAGAUGGAUCCUGUUUUUGUAAAAUCGGUUGGAAAGGUUCUCCAAUGUGCAAUACAGAAUGUGCUCACAAAACAUAUGGAGAAAAUUGUAUUCAUUCCUGCAGUCCAAAUUGUGUGAAUGUGACUUGUGAUAGAUUCAAUGGGAGUUGUACUGAGGGAUGUAAAGAACCAUUUUAUGGAGAUGUGUGUAAUCAACAGGAUGGAACUCUUCGUUUUCAAUCUAAACGUACGUCUGCUCAACCACUUACCAUUGGUGCGGUUUUAGGGGCAUUUACCGUUGUCAUCAUCCUUCUUGCAUUGCUAGCUUUAUUUAUGAGAAUACGACGAAAAAUAGAUAAGGAAGCCAGCAAUACAUCUGUAUCUAUACGAAUGUCCAAAAUUACAUUACAAAAUCAAGAAGCAGCAAGCGCAGCAAAUGCAACAAAGAAGAGUAAAGAACGAGAUAAUCAUCAAUUACAUAAAGUCGAAGAGAAAGCUAAGAGGGGUCCCCCUACAAAUAAAACCAUCCUCAAAAGGAAUCUACAGGCAAUCAUUGUCAAAAUGUCUGCUGCUGAAAACGCUGGAUUCAAACACGAAUAUCAUGAAAUUCCAAGAGGUGAAUUGUUUCCCUGUGAAGAAGCUAAAAAGCCUGAAAAUAAAGCUAAAAAUAGAUACACAACUACAUUUCCAUAUGAUCACUCUCGAGUUGUAUUGAAAACAAUCUCUCCAAAUGAAAGUGACUACAUCAAUGCCAAUUAUAUCGAGGAUACGCAGAGUAACCUAAAGUAUAUUGCAACUCAAGGCCCAAAACCAAAAACAGUGGUGGACUUUUGGAGAAUGGUGUGGCAGGAGUGUGUAAAUACCAUUGUUUGCCUGACGAAUCUCAAAGAAGGGACAAAGAUUAAAUGCACUCUAUACUGGCCGAACAUUAACGACAAAAUGAAGCAUGGCAAUUUUAUGAUAAGAAACCUGGAAGAAAAGAUAUAUGCGAAUCAUACGUCUAGACGGUUCAAAGUGUACAAUAAUUUGGAAAGAAAAGACCGUGAAGUGUUGAUGUUUCACUACACAAGAUGGCCUGACCACGGUGUUCCUGAUCCUCUCAAUCUUCUUGUGUUUCAUCGUCACGUGAUGAAAACGUCACCACAGACUGGAAAAUAUACAUUGGUGCACUGCAGUGCUGGAAUAGGGAGAACCGGAACAUACAUAGCUCUAGACGCCCUCUACCGGGAAGGGGAGAUAAAUGGUAGAGUUAAUGUACCGAUGUACGUCAGGAAUAUGAGAAAAGACAGAAUGAACAUGAUACAAGGGGAAGACCAGUACAGAGUCCUUUAUCUCGCCCUUUGUGAAUCGUUCAGUGGGAGGUCGAAAUGUUGGACAGCUGAGAAAAUUUUUCAAGGUGGAUCCUGCUACUCAAAUUGUGGAGAAGUUACAAAUACAGAUGCCUUGACGUCAGAGUUCCAGAGUCUACAGUCUCUUCGGGUAAAAUAUGCAGAGAAAGAUUAUGAGCCUGGACAAACAAACAUAUCGGCAAACUACACAGAGAGUGUUCUACCGGUGGAAAAAUUCAUGUGCUACCUGUCCUAUGUAAAGGGAAGGAACAACUACUACAAUGCUGUUCUACUACAGUCCUUCACAGAGAACGACAGUUUGAUCAGCGCCCAGUACCCACUUCCGGACUACACUGAGGACUUCAUCAGACUCAUCAGAGACUUUGAUGCUCGUGUUGUGGUUUUCCUAGGUCCUUUUAAGGAAAUAAAAUCUUCCUCCCUAUGGGUGCCAUCAAAAUCCGAAAACAAAACUGUGGGCAGUUUUGUCCUUAAUCUGUCAACAUCAACAAAUUCAGUCAACUUUACAACCAGGAAUAUCGUUCUGCAGCCAAAAGGAAGCAGUGACAUAAAAAUGACGGUGUUGGAAUGUAAGACCUGGAAAGAGGGAAGGUUCCUAACCGACAAAAGAGUGCUGCUUGACGUAGUCAAAGAAGCAAAAGCAGAGAAAGAUAAGCAAGAGGGGAAAAUACUUGUUUUGUCAAGCGAUGGUGCCACACGUUGCGGGUCAUUCUGCAUAGUCUAUAACGCUUUAGAACAACUCUCCAUGGAUCAGGAAGUGGACAUCUUCACCAUCACACAACAACUGCAGAUCCGUAGACCUGAGUUUGUGUCUACUAUGGAGGAAUACCAGCUUUGCUAUGAUGUCGUUUCUGAAUAUAUGCAGAAUGACAGUGUGUAUGCAAACUGUUAGACAAAGGGAGGGAACUCUAAUAGCUGUGAAGAAAAAAAAACUGAAGUGAAAACAAACUAAUAAUAAUGGUUGACAUUUUCCCUUAUUUGUUCCAUGACGUGCAAAUUAAGAAUAGAUAAAACAUACUUUCACAAGUAACAUUCCCUCCAACCACCACCACCACAGCCACUACCAGCGAUCUCCAUAUUCCCCAUUACAGAGAAAUUUGAAACUUACUUGCUGAACUGAAACUGAAUCUUUCGAUUUCUUCAAGAUU